AUGGCCGAAGCACUUGGUCUGGGGGCGAGUGUCAUUGCCAUUGUGGACAUAGCCACCAAGACUGGUAGCGCCUAUCUUAAGAUUCAAAAGCUUUGGAGAGAGGUGAGAAAUGUUCCUGUUAUGCUCCGGGAAAAGGCGGAAGACAUUCAAACUUCCGGAGAGCUCGUCGCAAACAUUGAGGCGAAUCUGGCAAAGAGCCUGCUGCUGGGAUUGGCGUCGGAUCAUGCCCUGCUAGAGAAAAUCAUCCGCAGAUGUCAUUCUGCUCUGAACGAACUUAAGCAUGAGGUCGAUCAGAUCCACACGAGACUCAUGUCCAAGCAGGGAUUAAAACACAAAAUUACUUCUGCAAAAGCCGCUUUAAAGAAAGAAGACCUGGAGGGCCUGUCCGUCACAUUUGAUCGAGCACUCAGACUGUUACAAAUGGCCCAAGUCGAAGCGCAAUUACGGAUGUAA